GUCCAGUGAUUUAUAUCCAUGGGAAACACAAGACGCAUCAUCAAACGUUUGGGUAAACGAGUGGUGCAGGUAAGCUACGAGUUAGAAGAGAAGGUUGAGAAACAACGCAAUGGUCGCAAGCUACACUCUAAUUCAGGGACUGCAAAUGUGAACGCGUCAGAUUCCUCUAGAAAACGAAAGCGCGGGUUCACGCGUCUUCCGGGUGUAUGGAAUCUUCCUCCUGGGAAACGCAUCAGGGUUCUGUUAGGGAAGAAAAUGCAGCCUAUUGGAGUUGAAGGAGGUUUGCUCGGGGAGUUUCUCGGGACCAUUGCUAGAAAUGGCGAGUUGGCACCAUUGUUCACAACUUGGAAGCAAAUUACUGAAGAUAUGAGACAUGCUAUGAUUCGGAUUGUAGAGUCCAAAUUUGAUUAUCCUCGUAUACCAGCUAUGGAAAAAUGGAUUCUACAUUCCAUAAACUCUAAAUGGAGAAAUUGGAAAAGCAAUCUAAAAGCUGCUCACUACGAUAGCUCUCAGCCAUUAUCACAUCAUCUGAAGCAUCUUCCGGAAAGGGUGAGAAGAGAUCAAUGGAAAAAGCUUGUCGCUUUUUGGAGUUCAAAGGAAGGGAAGAAGCUGAGCAACAUAAAUAAGGCUAAUAGAGCAAAACAGAAGAUACGGCACACCUUAGGGAAAAAAAGUUUUGCAAGGAUAACAGCAGAAAAGGAAGCAGAGUUAGGAAGGGAGCUAAAUCGUGUUGAUUUGUUCAUACUUAGUCACGAAAGAAAGAAGGGCAAGAAGCCGGUGGAUAAGGCUGUUGCAGAGGCUAUUGGAAGUAUGAAUGACCUCGCGGAGGUAUAUCCAGAACUUUGCAAGAGCGAUACCCCCUUAAAUGAAGAUGUUGUUUCUCUGGUGUUGGGAAAAGAGAAACCUGGACGCAUCCGAUGCUACGGCAUAGGGCCAUGCCCAAAAGACUUCGGGGCCUCCAACUCUAGUUGUCAUCCAAAAGAGAAGUUAAGGUCUGAGAAUGGAAAAGAUGAAGAGAUUCACAAGUUAAAGGAAGAAUUGAAAGCAGCGAAAGAGCAAUUGAAAACCACAAAUGGAGAUGUACAAGAGUUACAGGCCCAACUGAAAAAGAUGUCCAACAGAGUAGAGAAAUUGUCAGCAUACUGCAGACUUUAA